CUUUUUUUGGGGGGGCUUACCAGUUUUGCAAGAUUGAAAUGUUAAAAAACUUGGGGUCCCCAAGUAUACAUAUUACAAUCCCCAAAGUUGACUCCAUCAAGAAAGCGAUAAUAUCCUGUUUGUAAAAAAACAAACUAGUUUGCUUACAUGUUGCAGUCGUUUCUUAAGUUUGGUAUCAAUUUGCGAAUGCUGUAAAUAGCAAGUGCAACUCUACACCAAGACAGAGGAGGCCUGCAUAGGCAGUGUACAACUUCCCACCUACUGAUGUGCUUGCGGGUCGACGUUGUUGGAGUCCUUUCACAACCACCUCAACCGAUUCAUUCUUGGGACCACUACCAAUGACGUCCACUUCCAGGCGCACCUGAUGGAUGGACUGGUUCGCUGGAAUGCAGACCGUGCUUCAGAAGCCAUUGCCGCUGAUGCCCCCGAAUACCGGUUUACUGCGGCUACCUGCAGUACACUGUUGACUUGCUGGGACAGCAUGUGCUCAGCGAACCCAUCAACCCCACCCUCAGCAUUACCCAGAAGUACACUGGACUUAGAGGAGCUCAUCAGGGUCGAGUACCUCUAUGACCAGACAAACGUGGUGCUUGGAAAGUACUCCCGUGAUGCCGCAGAGGGUGACAAGCUUGAUGGCGACGAUGAGGCCUACCAGGAGGAUGAGGCAGGGUUGGACCCCACCAUCCCUCCACUGGAUGAGGCAAGUGGAGCCACCCCAAAAAAUGGCGCCACCAACAGCAAGUACAAGGAGAAGUCCAAGGGGCAGGAGCAGGUAGUGCUAGAGAUGGGCAUUAGCCUACCUCGCCCCCCACAAACAUCAGCAGCGAGGGGGGCAACAGUAGGCAAGAAUGUUAGUGAUAGGCUGUGA